AUGUCUACCCCCAAUGAUCUCCAAGCCCUAUUGGCCAGCAUACGCCCACGUCCCUCGCAGACUGGAGCAUCUGGCCAGGAGCCACCUGUACAGCAUCGCCUGGCGCAAUCGUACCCUACUGGCAUGUUUCCUCCACAUCCUCAACAUCCUCCGCCUCCAUACGACGGCCAGGUUUUGCCUCACCCUAGUGUUCAUGGAUACCGUAAUCCCUCUGUCCACUCGCUCCAAUCUCCUUCUCCCAACCCGACUCCCCCACGUAACCCGUCAGAUAUCAUCAGUCCUGCCAUCGGUACGCCUCAGAAUGGGUGGGAUUCUCCACAGCAACCAGCCAACGUGAACCUCCUCAAUCUUUUGCGCUUCAGUCAGGGUGAACAUCCGAAUCAGCUAAAGCCCGCUAGAGCACCCGAACAGCACACUCGGACUCAGCAGAUACAGGAGGACGCGUCUCAUGGAAGGAACAUCUCUGCCACUGACUUGGUUGCAUCGCUCUUCGGUGGUACAAUUCCCACACCUCGUGCUCCAGCAGUUGUGCCGGCGGAAUCGCCUCCAAUUUCGCAGGAAGGGCCAAAUGAUAAUACCCAAGACAUGCUCCUUCGGCUUCUGAAUCGCCCUCAAUCUGGAGCAGGUACCCCACAAGCACUACAUCAAGCUCCCGCAAGCCGCUCUGUUUCCUCGGCUGCUUCUGCCGAACCAAAGAUUCAGGGCCACAUGCACGCUGAAAGCCCGGAGGCUCCUGGCAUCGAAUCCGAGGGCCCUGCGAAGCCGGAAACGGUCGCAGGUCAGCUUUCUAAGGAUUCGAUGUUCACAUAUGUCAAUCCCUUCGACCAGCUUGCGGCCAUGCAACCCAACACAUCGUUGCAGCCCCAGUCGAGCUCUGCCUCGGCAUCUCAGGCUCCAGAUGUUUCUUUCAAACAGCAUAUCGACGUUGAGGCCGACAAGCCUACAUCGACUUCGGGAGUUCGUGCUCCUGGAAAACGAAGCAAAUCCCCGGUUCUUGACAGUGAACAGCGAGCGGCUGUCAAUGAUGUCGUGAGCCGCUUCGUUAGCGAGAUUGGACGCUCUCUGAGCGAAGAAUCUAAGCCCGUGCAGGAGGAGGCGCCUAAGGCGGCACUUCCUACUCAAGACUCAACCGACCUUUUCAUUGAGGCCCUCGAUGAGGCUCUUGACGUACUUGAAGGGCGUGCCAAGGAUGAGAGCGAGACUAAGAGCCCUAGCCAGGAGACUGGAAAGGCGCCCGUCGCCGCUGUUACUCAGAUCAAGAACGAAAAUGCCGAGGCUCUUGCCGAUAGCUGGGAGAGCGCCGAAGACAGUGCUGAAAAGGAGGAGGAGCGCAUCGUCACUGUGCAGAAUUUCCCACUACGUCCGUUCAUCUCGAUCGCUGUGAAAUUGCGACCUGGAAAGCUCGCUACCUUCAAUGACGAUCGAAUCAUGGACAUCGCUCGUCUCAAGAAAGACUUUGACCAGCUUGAUCGGUCCCUGACUGCCGCUACUUCUGAAUAUAUCGUCUAUGCUCUUGCCAAGUCUGGCGGCAUCCGUAUCAUUCGCCAGGAGGAUGGAAGUGACCGACAGGUCUUCCGCUCCACGCGUGAUCGUGUGUUCAAUGUGGCAUUGAGCCCCUCGUCGGCCGAAACAGGCCUGCCUGGUAUGCAAGCACUCCUCGGAAUAGGUGUUAGCGGGACUGUGUACUGGACUCUGAUCAGCCGCGAGGGCAAGGACCUAUUCGAGUUGGAUGCUCUGGAAAGCGAGAGCUUGGUCUUCCCUCCAUUCCCUGCCUCGGACGAGAAUACUUCUGGUGGCCAGCUGAAAACGCGGGCUAAACGAAGCUCUCGCCGCGCUGAUCUGUUUGCUAUUGGGCGUGGAAAGAACAUUUAUGUUGUUUCUCCACUCGCAGCAAUGAACGCUCAGUUUGGGGUUUCGGGUCCCCAGCGAACCGUGAACACUGAAAAGUUCUUCAAGGAGCGUGCUUUGAAGAUUUCCACGGGUAAAGCUGGCAAGGAUUUUACUUUCAGUGACGACGACACCGUUAUUGCUUCGUUAGACAAGACGGGUCGUCUGCGUUUCUGGGAUAUUCGCGAUGUUUUGGAUCGGGAUCAGCCAAGCCUUGUCGAAGGACCGGCCCCGAAUGAAAUCAAGGUACCAUUGAGUACAUAUGUGACUGGAUCUCCGACAGAGAAGUCGUGGCCGACAUCGGUAUUGUUCCUCGAUAAGCUUCGUCCCUACUCGCGCGCGAAUGCACUGCGGUACGUUCUCGUUGGAUUGAAACAAAAUCAUACCUUGCAGCUCUGGGAUAUUGGGCUCGGCAAGGCCGUGGAGGAGGUGAAGUUCCCCCACGAGAACGAGUCGGAUGCGAUCUGUAGUGUCGCGUACCACCCUGCCUCUGGAAUCAUCGUUGUCGGGCAUCCCACUCGUAAUUCGAUCUACUUCGUUCAUCUGUCAGCGCCUCGGUACAAUCUGCCUAGUAUGUCUCAAGCUGCAUUCAUCAAGGCUUCCAGCGACAAGGAGAGCGCGCUUCCAAAGCCAGAGUCUACCGCUUGUCUGAGUGGCAUUCGGGAAAUCUCAUUCGGCUCGAAGGGCCAGCUGAGAAGUCUAGAGAUUCUACCCCUAGCUAAAUCGGCACUUGAGCAACCGGGAUCGGAUGACAAUGCGCUUUUCGAGCUCUAUGUUAUGCACUCACGCGGGGUAACUUGUCUUAACAUCAAAAAGGAGGACAUGGGAUGGUCCACUGAUAACAAAGUCAUUUCCCCGGUUGAUGCCUCGGUUGCAAUCAAAGAGGGCUGGAUUGAAGUUGCUGAAUUGCAAUCGCAUCCUACUUACGUUGCUGACGACCCGUCUGUGAAUGGGGACACCACAAAUUCGACACCUUCACGCACUAAUAAGGAAAUCCCCAAACGCCAUGAUCUUCCUGACCCUUCUACCAUUGUCCCCUCUCGCAAUCCUUCCCCCACUAAAGCUCCUGCCAAGAAGAAGCUUGACGCACAAGUCGAGAUUUCUUCUACUCCUAGUGGCGCGGAGAAGUCUGACAAGAAGAAGAAGAAGAAAGCUGUUUCUGAUGCUACCUCCAAAUCCAAAGAGCCCACUGCUGUCGUUGGCGUCGAGCCUUUACCUUCCUACACCCAAAGCAUCGACAAUAUGACUGGUCUCUCUCCUCGUAUCCCCUCCAUCCCUGCCCAUGCUCCUGCUCCCGCUAUGAGCAACGCAUCGUCCGGAAUCCGUCCACCUGGCGCUAAUGAACCGCUGGAUCGGGCGCUUCACUCCUUUGCCCGAGAACUCCACCGCGAAAUGGCCUCUCAGUUCGCGAGCCUGCACCAGCAAGUCGACAACGAGCGUCGCAGCUUUGAGGCAGCUGCUUCUGCUCGCCAGGACCAGGUCCUUCGGGUGGUUUCUGAAACCCUUUCGAACAACGUGGAGCUGAAUCUCAGUCUCAUCAUCCAGCGCUCGAUGGAGCAGCAUGUUAUUCCCUCUCUCAUCGAGACUACAAAGAAGGAGCUGCGUGGUAUUGUCGCGCAGCAGAUCCAGCAGACAGUCUGCGAGCAGCUGCAGAAGCAGCUUCCCAAGUCUAUCCCUCGUGCAUUUGAAGAGCCGGACGUUAUGCAGCCUCUUGGAGAUGGAAUCGUGCGGGCCAUCCUCCCUCGCAUCGACAAACACACGAACAAAGCCGCCCAGUCCAUCGUCCAGCCGCUCCUUGAGAACAUGGAGAAGUCGACUCGCAAGCUGGAAUCGCUCAUCACAGACUCGAACGCCAGUCUCAUGGCUGCUUACGACGCCAAGUUUGAACAACAAGGAGCCCAGCUUGAGCGCAUUGAGAACAGACUGCAUGCUCUCACCAACGCCCUGGCUCUGGGUCAUCCUGAGCAGCCAGCUCAGCAGCACCCAGCGCCAGCUGUGACUGUGGGCCGCCCUGCUCCUGAGGAUGUCGAACUCCAGGAGAUCAUGCGCCUCUAUGAGGCAGGUCGAGUCGAAGACGCGGCUGUCAAGUGGGUCCAGUCGACCCAGCAAGCCGAUCUGUUCGACAAGUUCUUCGUGCAUGUGAACCCAGCUCAUAUGCGCGACUUGUCGGCGAUCGUGCUUCUUUCGGUGGGAGCAGCCGUCACUGCUACCCUGGCCACGAACACCAGCCAACGACUGGCCUGGCUGGAGCUGAUCCUCCAUACGGUCAACCCUCAGGAUCCUGAGGUGCGAACCGUGUGCCCGCAGAUCAUGGAGGUCCUGGGUGGACGCCUCCACAACCUGUACCUAGCGGUUGUGCAAGAGAACCCCCCAGGACCCCAUCCUGCGAGCAGCUGGCUCCGAUCUCCCGUCGCGUCCGUGCGCUGGCGCAUCUUCGAAUUUACUUCAACUUGA